UCAUUAAUCCGGCUGAUUCGAGUAAUACUCUUCGUACUGGUCGGCUUUUCAUAUUCAUUAGGCCAGAAUAUUUUAUUGGAACUUUAUCAACAACCCAUAUAGUAGAUUUAGAAAGUAUCGUUUCGAAUGAAGAGUUUUCCACUACCCUAAAGAAAGGAGGCAAAGUUAGACCUAUUUGGAUUCUUCUUGUUGAUGGUGGACCCGAUGAAAACCUGAAGCAUAUGAAAAAUAUUAUUUAA